AUGGAAGAUGGCAAAGCAUUUAUUCCCUUGCAGCAAGGAGGGAUUGAGAUUCUGAGACAAAGUUGCUCUGCAUUUUGCCGUGUGCUAGAAGGAAAAUUUGGUUGCGCAGUUCAGGUCCACAAUGUGGAGGAUCACACAGCUUCAUCCUUUUCUCACAGGAAAGCAAGCAUUGUGCCUGAGAUGAAAUACAGUAAACGGCUGUUUAAGAACCUGAAGGUGUCAGUGUGGAAAGAUGAUCUUACAACUCAUAAGGUUGAUGCUGUGGUGAAUGCUGCCAAUGAGUACUUAAGUCAUGGAGCAGGACUUGCUCUAGCGCUAUGUCAAGCUGGAGGGCCUGAAAUCCAAAGAUGUAGUCAUGAAAUCAUAAAAUUAAAGAGUAAAAUUCAAACAGGUGAAUCUGUUAUAACUCAAGCUGGAAAUCUUCCUUGUAAAAUUAUCAUACAUGCUGUUGGGCCCUGUGUAUCACCAAAUGCGACAAAGGCAGAGCUUAAGCAUGCAUCAGACCUUUUACAGAAAACUAUUUGGAGCAUUUUGCAAACAGCUGACUUUCACAACCUGCAGUCUGUUGCAAUCCCUGCAAUAAGCUCAGGACUUUUCAAUUUCCCCCUGUCACGUUGUGCCAACAUUAUUGUAAAUACUGUGAAGGAUUUCAGUAUUGAACGCAGUCUAGGAGCCAGGGACCUCGAAGUUCGUUUGGUGAAUCAUGAUGAUGCCUCAGUUCAAGAGAUGCAUAGAGCUUGCAAAGAAUUUCUGGGGCGACCUGACCCAAUGCCAUUGCAAAACCAGGGCAAUGCACCAACCCAGUCUCCACUUCCCAGUCUGCAUCUGGGGAAUGUGACUCUUCACCUCAAAAAUGGUUCGAUUGAGAAUGAGACAACAGAUGUGAUCGUGAACACAAUAGGCCAGGACUUAGAUUUAUCACCAGGGCUGGUUUCACGUGCUCUACUAAAUAAAGCAGGCCCGAUGAUUCAAGAGGAAGUAAAACAACAUAGUUAUGUAUCCGAGGGUGCCAUUAUUCCAACUGCUGGCUAUAACCUGAACUGUAAGGCAGUGUUCCACACAGUCUGUGCACAUAAAAGCAGCAGUAGGGUCAAUGAGAUUCUUUCCUCGGUGGUCAGAGAUUGCCUGAAAAUGGCAAGUAAAAAAGGUGCUUCAUCCAUAUCUUUUCCUGCUCUCGGGACCGGCAAACUUGGCCUUGCAAAAGAUAAAGUUGCUCAAAUUAUGACGCAGGCAGUAGUGGAGUUUUCUAAAACUCAUAAAGGCUUCAAAAUAGAAGUAUUUUUUGUCAUUUUUCCGGCGGAUACUGAGACACUGAAGGCUUUUGAAAAGGAAAUGACUUCCAUGAAAAAAAAAAGACCUCAAACCUCUCAAAUCUCCAGCAGCAGUGACAAAAGUUCAGGUUUUCCUGAAAGUUGGAACAACACCUUGCAUGGAACAACACCUUGCAUUGAGCUCUUUGCCCCCUCUCCAGAGGCACUUCGAGAGGCUAAACGGUGGUCUCUAGACGUGCUGCAUUUAUGUCCUGGCAAUAUGAAAAUAUUUAAUAAUCACGUUAUGCACCUGGGCCAGGAGGAUCAUGAAAAGCUGAUGUCCCUUCAGGUUUUAUUUAAUGUCAGAAUCACAGAAUUCUUUAAGGAAGGAAAAGGAGGAAUUAUCAUUAAAGGUGAGCCUGGAGGGGUCAGUGGUGCAGCACUGGAGAUAGAAGCCAUGUUAUGUCAGGCUCAAGAGGAAUUUGCUCGGAGUGAAGAGGAAAACAUGCAGGACGAUUUGAAGCAUAUAUAUAUGGCAGAAGAUUCUGGGCAACAACAACAGAUUGAGAGGACACCAAUCAGCAAAUAUCAGAAGAUUCAAAUAGACUUCAGCGUUAAUGACAAGAAACUACAUGAAAGGCUGAGCGAGUUUAGAAAAUGUGGCCUGCGGAUUAUAAAGAUGGAAGUAAUACAGAACCAUGCUCUGAAGCAGCUUUUUGAGUUGAACAAAAAACGUAUGCAAUGUCCACCUCGGCAUCUGUACCAGUGUGUGAAAGCACAGUUCUGUGACCUGAUCUGCAGAGUGGGCUUCCAGAGGGACUACGCACCACCCAAAGAACAAAAGUAUGGAGCUGGAAUAUACUUUACUUCUGAAGUGGACAAAGCAAAAUCACUGUGGACAGACAGUGAUGAAGAAGAGUAUAUCUACUUUAUUGAAGCUCAAGUACUGACUGGAAAAGAGACCCUUGCUUCACCAGGCAUUAUUGUGCCUCCUCCAAUUGGAAAUGACCCUUUGGUUCGUUAUGACAGUGUGACCAAUGACCAAGGCAUCCAUGUCAUCUUUAAUGGCCAGCAGGCGUAUCCUGAGUUGCUUAUUAUAUGCAGCAAUACAAACAAACCCAUGCAGAGCCCUGUCUAAGCUUUUUCUUUUACAUGUUGUUUUUAUAAUAAAAAAAGUUUUGCAUACGUUCACUGAGCAUCAAUGCCUCAUUCAAAAUUAAAACAGUCAAGCAUUAAACCUAAACACAACAAAACUGUUAGUAUACAGGCAAUAAAUAAAUUAGGCCAAUGAGUUGUGGAUACAUUGAUGUGAUUGAAAACUUCACGGUAAAAUCAUAAUCAUUUUGAUUUAUAUUAUCAGGCAGGACUUGGCAGUAAUACUUUUUACAAUACUUUGAGCUGUCAUUUUUCUGUUCUUCAUUUCUUUUCUGGUUAGCUUUGAGGCUUUCAUACUGUAUACAGUAUAUGUUUUUCUUUAGAGUCUUCUGUGCCUGUUUCAGCUUUAGGGUAAAUUGAGGUAAGAGUUGACUUACAAUAUCAAUUCAUGUACUACAGUAAUAUGAGUAGUUAAAAUACAUUCUAAUUAUAUAGGUUUGAAGUUACAAAUGAAAAGAAAGAUAAGAGACGGGAUGAUUUAUAAAUGUAGGCACUACGUUAAUGAGUUGCAUGAUAUAUACAGAAUUAUAUAAUAUUUUUAAUUGCACUCUUAUUUAGGUAAUGGUUUAAAGGUUUGUAAUUUUUUUGUGUACUGUUUGAUCUUAGAAAUAAAAUAUAAUGGAUUUCAAA